AUGGUAGGUAUCCUCAUUCGAAGUGCCCCACUCAAGAAGCCGUGUGUGUGUGUGGUAAACGCGGUCACUUCUGCUGCGUGUGUCAUUGAGAAGGAGGCCUGCGCUAUCGUUGAAUCUAUCAGGAAAUGGCGGCAAUCUCUACUCGGAAGACCCUUAAAACUAAUCACCGAUCAGCGUUCAGUCACAUUCAUAUACGGCGGUGGACAGAAGGCAUACGCCCCAACAGACUGCAGUUCAGAAACUGAGAAGGACGAGUGUUAUCAAGACCUGCCACGAUUUUCCCAGUUGGCAAGAAGAACAGAUACAGUAAUCCUGGCGGGUUCUAUGAAUGCCCGACUAAGUUCGGAAGAAGCACAAUUAGGUCGUAGAACUGGAGUCGAUGCUGAACGUACGGAUAAUGGGGAGCGGCUUCUUCAGUUGUGUGCAGAUCAUCACUAUUUGCUGUUGCAAUACGCCAAUGAUUCGUAUCGAUGCUCGCCGCGUACUAACACAGCUACCACUGUCAUGCUCCAGUCAGUCUUGCUGACAAACGUUUUCGGCGGAGACCAACAUAGUCCUGGCAGCUUUUGCCCUACGAACAGAUACUACUCUUUUCCGGUUAACAAAGACUGCCCAAUGGAUCCAUUCAUACCGGUCACUUCCUCCUGUGCCCAUCCAUUUCCUCGUAAUGAUGCAACCGAUUCGGAGCCGUCAUCUUCUGAUUCUCGGUAUUCGCACUUAUCGCCGCUCAUUUCUACGAUUCCACAGGAUUUCCCCAUGGGGUGUCGGAACAUGCUAGAUACUUUCGACUCCUAUUCACAUCACUUACCCCGCAACGAGCAGAUGCAAACCAAUAUGGAAGGAGGGGAAACAGGUCAUUUUGUCACCACUCCAGAAUCAUCGGAAGGUAUGAAAACUUCGUGGAUUAGUCCAUCGCAGAGGCCCUGGAAUACUCUCCACUACUCCACUGAUUUGAUGCGAUCUUCAGCGUGUACUGUGAACUGCCCCACUCGCACAUCUUCGCUACCCUCUUUUGAGCCCUCACCGAACCCGGCAAGUUCGUGUGCUGAAUCGGAAAGCGUAACCGAUCGCAUGAGCCCAGUGUUACGCACGCUGGAUGGGAUUGGACCCGCACUCUAUUGUCGAACAAACACGGAGCUUCCAGCCUCAGCUUUGCUGGUUCGACGUUUGAGCAGACUGCGUAAUCGAGGGGCCAAGUCCAAUAUGCCCUGCUGCCGAACUGCAAUGGGAAGUCCGCAGUCUCAACUGAGUAGGUUGACGACAUCACCACCGUCGGCGUCCGUGCCUAGCAAUGCAUCGGAACAGCAGCAACAGCUCAAAGAAACGGAGCCACGAGGCAAAUAUUUCACUGGAUGCUGUGACGAUAAACAUUCCGCUUGUUCACCGUCCGAUCUGGCCAGCUGUGAAAUCGCCUUCACUAUCCGCAUGCAUCCAGACGACCCGAGUGCGAAAUUCCUGCGUGAUUUGGCACUUGAUGGUUUGGCGCGAUGCUGCGAUCACCAUCAUUCCGUAGCCACUCGUUCGGACAUUUCUCAUCCCAUUUCCGUCGAUGUCCGGCUCAGAAGACCCAUGCACUUACAUCGAGACCACAGUAAAUGCUCCGAGAAACCCAGCAAAGAACAUGAUUCAAAAGCGUCCUCGGUCUCUGAUAUCUACAGUCCUAAGCAAACGGCCGAUUGUGAACACUGCUCGCAGCGCGACUCGGAAUCCUAUAGCAGCGUCAGCCUUUGUGCCCCGGCCACAGAAGAAUCGAUGGAUUUGUCGGAUUCAAGCUUACCGGAUUUCCCUCAUCCUCCCUAUCCAAUGGCACUGGCCUCUCCGGGAAAUUUCAAAAAGUUGCUCCGUGAUCGAUAUCUGUCCAGUCAGCAUGAAUUUGACCGUGUAUUCUCCGCCCCAAUCACACCCAAUCAUGAGCCGCGGCUGAUCAACACAGUCAGACACGGAUUUGAGAAAACGAAUGACGACCAUCGCCGAAAGGAUCAGUGUGUAUCAAACGGCGGAGGAGGGGAUGACGCGAGCUGUCAGGAUACCACCACGGAAUUCAACACUUCAUCAAAACUGCUUCGAACUCAGUCCGAGUGUAAGCUGGACAGCAGUAGGAUCAAAUUGACACCACUGGAUAGCAACUUGAUAUUCGAUUCCAUCGAUGGAGCCAUAUCCAGCCGCCGUACAAGCGCUGACCUAGUCACCAACCCAAGCUCCAUCGCCUCUCCUGGUGUAUUGCUCAGUGGCUCGUGGGACAUUUCGAGCUCGAAAUCCAAGCGUGUGAUGAGCAGUGUAAAGUUAGCUAGCCCUUCGUCUCACGUGUUGUCCCGAGAAUCUGUGGAAACCGGCCUCUACUUACCGGAUGGCAACAAGACUGUCGAAGCCGGUAAACGUCUCGAACCCACUAACGAGACGUGCAUUCGUUACCAUUCUGGUCUAGGCUCUAACAUGUUUGUGGACCAUUCGAAAUCUGGUAUGGAUCGGACUACAACCGAAGAGGUGAUACGAUUGGAUCCGAAGCACACCACGGUUCCUAGUUUACUUACAACUCCGCCGAACACGAAUGUGAACGAUUCUCUAACUGCUGGGUCUACCACCUCCAAGAACUCGCGUCCUGAAGAGCGAUCCAUAUUCAGCUUCAAUUCUCCUUCUUGGACCAACAUCACAGCUGGUCCAUUCACAACGGACUCGGCGGACAAAGAAACGACCACGAAGUCACUGUCUGCACCUAUUAGUCCGGAACGAGUGACGCCACUGCCGCGCGGAUUCAAAGGCACUGCCACUUCACUGCAAUCGCCCAACAGACCCAAAGUAGGUUAUGUGACUUCAUCUUCGAGUCGAGCUUACUGCACUGCCACCACCAUGCCACAGCAAAAUAGAGAAUUAUUCGUACCCGGUCUGAAGCACCUAUCGACUCCACAGAACAGUCCGCUGGUCGCAUCCAUGCCCACCUUCCACCGACCAUCCAGCAGCUCAGACCCAGGGCCCGACUUUACCGGUGCUGUAGCUUCCGGUGGUACCGUUUUCUCGCCGCGACAUGCUUCUGCGCCGUCCAUUCAAACCGCAGUUUCCGCCACAGCUUGUCCGAGCCCGAUAGUUGCCACUCCAAACUUCGGACAUCUCUCCGAGGCGUUUCGAAAUUCGUUGCUUGCCGGGGCGCAGUUCCAGGCUGGAAACAUUCCUUCCUCACAGGCGUUUGUCUUUCCACCUCCGUCGCCACUUCAUCUGUCCACGAGCACCUCUAAGGACAGUCAAGUCGGCGUCACCGCAACGUUGUCUUCACGAGGUUGGGUCGAACGACCUUCAAGUGAUACAGAUAUGCAUGUCACAAAAUCCAACGCCGGAUCUAGGGAAACAGAUGAAUACUUUUCUCGCCUAGUUGAAAAUUUUGCCCACUGGGCUUCAGGAACUCCUGGAGAUGGGCCCUUAUCGUUUCUGAAACCUCUUUCAACCAUUCAGAAUCCUACAGCGCCGAGGGACGGUGAAUCGGACAGAGCGACGGUUGACCAGAAUGUUCCGGGAACCAAGAAUGUCAACCCAGUCGGUUGUGAUUUCUUGCCUGUCAAUAACAGAAGUGCGAAUUCUCAUCUGUUGUUCAAACGCGGUCGCCUUCAGCGAAUUCCCAGACCUAGUCGUCCAAACAGUCACGGAUACUCCAGCCCUGUCAGCACGAACAACAGCAAUACAGCAACAGGUGCUAAGGACGAUCCUAAUGUGCUGACUGUUCGAACACUCACCGCCCCCCAUCGGUCUACAGCAGCUCGUGGACGCGGUUCCAGCAGUGGUGGGCUUCACAUUUGCCCAAUAUGUUCCCGACAGUUCAACCGUUCUGAUAUGCUAGUCCGACACGCUCACGUCCACACAGGUCACCGGCCGUUUGAGUGCACGGCCUGUGGACAGGCUUUCAGUCGAUCGGAUCAUUUGUCCACACAUCAACGCACGCAUACUGGACACAGACCAUAUCGGUGUCCGUUAUGCUCCUACUCAGCAUGCCGACGGGAUAUGAUCACACGGCAUUUACGUGUGCAUCAGCGACGGGGUCAGCUUGGGAAUCUGGAUCAAUUGAAACACUUCAAAGCUGGCUUUAGCCAGCAACUCAACUCACCGGUUGCCCCAAGUGACCGUGGGACUCACGAUUCCACGUCAUACCCGCGUUUGACUCGCGGUGCUCGGAAACCCCGACGAAACGCAAUGAUCCGAUCAGCACCCGUCAAUAUCUCCAACACUGUUACUACGGACGCCGCAUCUUUACCAUCUCCGCCUCCGCUCACAUUCCACACUGCUCCCCUUACGUCCUCAUCCAGCCCCGCGUUUACUUCCUGACGUCCUGCAACACGCGGUUGCAUGCGCUUGCUAGGACUUGAUCUCAUCGUCAUGAUCGUCACAUGGAAGGAAGUCGACCAGGACGCUUUCGCCCAAUCCCCGAGUUUUCCGUACUUGCCUGUUGUGCGGUCUUGCAAAUGGAGACCAAAAGCGUACGAAGAUCCUUCAUUGUUGAAUUUUCACUAUUUUCUCUUGUGUUUAUUUUGUUGCGGUGACAACGAUUUCGCAUUUGCCGUUUUUCACACAUCCACCCACAUACACAUGCAUACAAAACCAAUUCGAUCCACAGUUCCGGUUCUACCUGUUUUAUUUUUUAAUUUGCGCCAUUCUGUGAUCCACCACCACCACACCUUUGUUCCUCGUGAUUCGUCUGAUUUUGUCACAUUAAAGAUUACGCUUUUUCUUUCCUUUGUGGUCUGUUCUCUGAAUCAACGGCUUCGACGUGUUUCACCCCUCCACUUCGAAUUCCCCUGCCGUCCGUCGCCCUGCCCCCUGCCUUAGAAUUCUAACCGAUCAUUUUGCACAGUGCUGUUAUUUUUAUACGUAGCGCCUUCUUUCCAACUCUUUUCCUUCUCACUUUGUGAGGGGACAGCACACACCUGUUCUAUUUUGAUGUAUUUUUCUACCAUCUGGCCGUUCAACUUCCCCCCAUCCCGCAGCCCUCCACACGCUACUUUCAUCCCCAAGCCUAGAUCUUUCCAAGAAUCACUGACGCAUUCAUUCUGUCUCUAUCAUAUUAUUGAUAUUUUUAUUUCGAUAGCUGUGCGCACCUCAUUUCUCGCCGCCGUCAUUUAUGUCGUCGCAUUCAUCAACUGUGAUUUCCAUUCCCCGCUCACCCUCGGGAACUUCUGUACUUCUCACUGUGUGUCUUUUUAGGUGUGUCAGAGCAUACUUUGUGCUAGUUUCUUGAAUGUGAUCAAUUGUG